CAACUACACAGGCAAAUCAAUGGUCCUCCUAAAGCUGAACCCCAAAUUUAGCAAAGAGCCCACGUUGCAUGAAUUUUGUGAAUCACAAGUUGGACAUCAAUUAUCUGUAAAAUGAGGACAGCAUGUGUUACUUUUCUGGCACACAGGAAAGCCUAGAAAAUGACAGCCUCAGAUAUUUCACCAUCUUCUAUAUUCCUUGUAUUUCCUCUGAUUGCAGAAAGAAGGUAGCAGAGUUGUGGCAGGCGCCAUUAAUGGUGGUGGUGACCGGUUGCUAGGCUGUAGACCAUGGCAUGCGGGAGCACACCAGCACGUAAAGUGAUGGUGGUCGCGGAUCCCUGUCGCGAAUCAGCUGCUGCACUUCAAUAUGCCCUCUCCCAUGUAGUGCUUGAAAAUGACACGUUAAUUCUCCUCCAUGUUGAGAAUCCUAAUAGUGCCUGGAGAAUCCCAUUUGGUACAAUCUUCAGAAAAGCACAGUCGCUCCCUGCUUCUGCCGGUGCCGCCUCCAUGUCCUCGUCCUCAUCCUCAUCCUCAGAAGGUUUUGUUGGUGGUGGUGGUGGUGGAGGGACCAUAGAUUUUCUCGAAGCAAUGAAGCAAGCUUGUGGUAUUGCACAGCCUAGGCUAAAAGUUCGUGUACAGAGGGUGGAAAUGGAUGGAAAGGACAAGGCUUCUGUACUUCUUGCACAAAGCAAAAGUCAUGGGGUUGAUGUCAUUGUUAUAGGGCAAAGGACGACUCUCUCCAAUGCAAUAUUAGGGCCUAAGCGAAGUAGAUCAUUAAGGGGUCUUGAUACGGCGGAGUAUUUGAUCGAGAACAGCAAAUGCACUUGCGUUGGAGUGCAGAGAAAGGCCAAUGGAGGAUAUCUUCUCAACUCAAAAACCCACAAAAACUUCUGGCUACUGGCUUGAGGAUAUGAUAUAUUACUUACUGUAGUUUGUAAAUGAUUCAGAGCCUCUUCCUCUCCACCUGUUUUCCAGUUGAUGUUGUACAAUCGAUUAUUGCUUUUGAGUAUUUUGGUUGAAAUAGAGGUAGAUGAACAUAUACAAUAAGUGCUAAAGUGCAAA